UCUGCGUUGUUUUUACGCAGGCGCAAAGCAUGCUGUUUGUCCAGUUUCUCUGGUUGACUUACCUGUGAGGUGGAGCAGCUUCGGUUCUCCGUGAGAGGAUUAAAUAAUGUCGACCACGGGUUUGGGUAAGCGCGUCCCGGGAGACUGUAACCUCAUUCCUCGGUAUAUGAGACUACAGGGACGCCCGCUGCGGAGCUGCUCGAGAUUUAUAUAGGAUUUCAGAAUCUGUGCAACAGCAGGUGCGCGAGCGAGGACAAACGGCGAGAGGAGACGAAGGGUGGGUGCUUCCGUGAGUGAGAUUCAGCCUGAAGCCUCCGUGCCUGCGGUGAGGGACUCUUCGCCCCGGGGUGGUGGCAGUGGGACAAACGCCACACACAUUGUUUCCGUGGAGUAAUUGUAAACAAUUGGAAAGAUGAUGGGCUUCCUACGCCGGACGUUCAGCCACCGCUCGCGCAGACGGUUUCAGACAUCGGACGAGUGGGACGGGAAAAAAAGAGGGGGAACCGCGAACCCCGCGCUCCUCGCGCACCAGCAGCAGGUCGUCCACGCGCCCGCCGUGGUGACCGGGGGAGCGGCGGUGCACAUCCCAGCGGCUGGGACCGAGAAGGAUGCAAUCACCUGCCGCGUGCUGCUGCUGGAUGGGUCGGACCUUAACGUGGAUAUACCAAAAAGGUCAAAGGGCCAGGAGCUGUUUGACCAGAUCAGGUAUCAUCUGGACCUGGUGGAGGCCGACUACUUUGGACUGCAGUUCAUGGACCCAGAACAAGUCUCACACUGGCUGGAUGUGUCCAAGCCCAUAAAGAAACAGAUCAGAGAUGGUCCUCCAUACAGACUGUUUUUCAGGGUGAAGUUCUACUCCUCAGAGCCCAAUAACCUACAUGAGGAGUUCACCAGGUACCUGUUUGUGCUGCAGCUUCGACAAGACAUUCUGUCCGGCAAGUUGAAGUGUCCAUAUGAUGUCUCAGUAGACCUGGGGGCCUACUGCUUACAGAGUGAACUGGGGGACUGUGACCCUCUAGAGCAUUCUCCUGAGCUGGUGUCAGAGUUUCGCUUCACACCCAAACAGAGUGAGACCAUGGAGGCAGACAUCUUUAACAAGUGGGUGGACCUAAGGGGUAAGGAUCCAUCCCAGGCAGAGACCAGCUUCCUCAACAAGUGUAAAUGGCUGGAGCUGUACGGAGUGGACAUGCACUUUGUCAAGGGAAGGGACGGAGCAGAGUACGCUCUGGGUCUGACUCCCACUGGCAUCCUGGUGUUUGAGGGCUCCACCAAGAUAGGCCUCUUCUUCUGGCCCAAGAUCACCCGCCUGGAUUUCAAAAAAAGUCGACUCACCCUAGUGGUGACGGAGGACGAUGAUCAGGGGCGGGAGCAAGAGCACACAUUUGUGUUCCAGUUGGACAGUUCGAAGACGUGUAAACACUUGUGGAAAUGUGCUGUGGAGAGCCACUCCUUCUUCCGGCUGCGCCAGCCCACAGCUGGGAAGGCCUCCAGCAGUGACUUCACACGCCUUGGAUCACGUUUCAGGUUCAGUGGAAAGACUGAGUACCAGGCGACCCACGGAGGGAGGCUGAGGAGGACCAGUACGUUUGAGAGGCGACCCAGCAAGAGAUACCCCUCUCGCACUCACUCACUGGGUGGCAAGGUCCUCUCUCCAGCCAAACCACCACAUAUCAGCGCCCACACCAGCCCCGAACCUAGUCUACACCCAUACCAGCGUAACAUCCCUAUAGCCCAUGAGCCUUGGCACCCAGCCCUCACACCCCCCAUCUACCUACAACACUCAGGACACACAUCCCCGCUCAGAGCGCCUGCUGCAGUAGCAGUGAGUCAAGAGCCCAGUCAUCGGUCAGUACCAGAGAGGUCCAGCGGGUCUUUCCCAGGAUCCAUCAGUGUGGUGUACAGAGACAAGGUCAUGACUGCACUCUGACCCCUCCACCCUAACCUCUACAGCUCUGACUGAGGACCUUGUCCCAGCACCCUGUCCCAAACCCACCUCUAAAUCUAAACUCUAGCACAUAGCAUAUGCAUACGAGACAACUGGAAUACAGAAGACUGAGAGAGACUGGGAGACAGAAACACUCUAGUUGUGGACUCAUGGACCAAAAUACCUCGCCAUCCUCAUCACCAUCAUUGCACACCAGCCUUGUCUACCAUGUCUCUUGUCCAUCAGAUCACCACCACCACACCACCAUGCUGUGGAGACAGAGACUCCGAACAGAAAGAGAGAGACUUUAAACACAGACACCAUAGAGAGAUCUCUCUCCUAGUGGAUUGGACCAUGAUGUUCAGUUAGUUCAUGCAAUUGUUGUUGAUACUUUAGUGGCUGAAUGCUACAAAGUCCUCAAAUGUAACUGGGUAAGAUUGAAAUCACGUUUAUGCUUUACAAAACAGACAUACCGAGACAUUAUUUUUCUGCCCAGUUAGCGGGUAGAUUUGCUUUCAGCCAAAUCCUUUUAGAGCAAGCCAAAUAAUUUCAUCUUUUGAAAAGUUGUCCUAGCUCAGGAUUCACUGUUUGAAUGUAAGAUGCCAAUCAUUUGAGUGUGUGUGAAGUAGUCUGUCAUCAUUAACUGCUUUAACUAGGGAUCACAUGGUUCUACAUUACAUCUGUAGGGGAAUAUAGCUACUUUGGAAAUCUCAGCUAAACCAUGAAGGAAAAUGUUCUCGUUAAAUCCGUAUCAGCAAUAUAUACAUUACAAUAUAUACAUUACAAUGUCAUGUUACGGAAGUCUUGCGUCUACUGCUGCAUAUCUGCCUUUAUUCUUCAGAGGCAUGAAUGUUGUGUGUGAGGGGUUCUGACUCAGCUGAAUCAACCCCCAAAGAUACAUAGAAUGGCUCUGAUGGCCUUGUUUACCUGUGUUAAUGCUGAUUGUGUUUACAUCCUCUCCGUGCUCAACAUUACUUCCUGUUGCCUUAAAAUUGUUACUCUUAUCACAACCAGCCUUAGAUUGGUUGCUACAGCCUUGUUGAUUAAACGCACUGCUUAAACUCCUUCA